AAACGUCACGCGCCGAGCUCCGGUUCUGGACUAAAGGGUUUGAACAUGUCGCGCCUGAAGGGAGUGGCGGAGCGGGAUGCCCGAGUGGGUUUCAGAGCUGAGAGGAGAGACUUCGGUGCUUCAGUACCGCAGGGGCUGUUAAAGGCAGCGAGGAAGAGCGGCCAGUUAAACCUUUCGGGUCGGAAUCUCAGUGAAGUACCUCAGUGUGUCUGGAGAAUAAAUGUGGAUAUUCCUGAGGAAGCUAAUCAGAAUCUUUCAUUCAGUGCUACUGAGCGAUGGUGGGAGCAGACGGAUUUGACCAAACUAAUCAUAUCCAACAAUAAACUUAAGUCACUUACAGAUGACCUACGACUCCUGCCUGCACUCACUGUUCUUGAUGUACAUGAUAAUCAGCUGACAUCCCUUCCUUCUGCCAUAAGAGAGUUAGAAAAUCUUCAGAAACUUAAUGUCAGCCAUAACAAACUGCAAAUACUUCCUGAAGAAAUUACAAAUUUAAGAAACCUGAAAGGUCUAUAUCUCCAGCAUAAUGAACUAACUUGCAUUCCAGAGGGAUUUGAACAACUUUUCAAUUUAGAAGAUUUGGAUAUUUCCAACAAUCGUCUUACAACUGUUCCUGCUAGUUUUUCUUCUCUCUCCAGUCUGGUACGACUCAAUCUUUCCAGUAAUCAGCUGAAGAGUUUGCCAGCAGGAAUAAGUGGAAUGAAAAGAUUAAAGCAUUUGGAUUGUAAUUCAAAUCUCUUAGAAGCUGUACCCCCUGAAUUGGCUAACAUGGAGUCACUAGAAUCGCUUUAUUUGCGGAGGAAUAAAUUACGUUUUCUACCAGAAUUUCCUUCUUGUAGAUUAUUAAAGGAAUUACAUGUAGGUGAAAACCAGAUUGAAAUAUUAGGGCCAGAACAUCUUAAGCAUCUGAAUUCUGUCCUUGUGCUAGACCUGCGGGAUAAUAAGUUAAAAUCUGUUCCAGAUGAAAUUACACUACUACAGUCUUUGGAAAGGCUUGACCUAAGCAACAAUGAUAUUAGUAGUCUACCCUGUUCAUUGGGAAAACUUCAUUUGAAAUUUCUGGCACUAGAAGGAAAUCCUUUGAGAACUAUACGAAGAGAAAUUAUAAAUAAAGGAACCCAAGAAGUCUUAAAAUAUCUGCGAAGCAAGAUUAAAGAUGAUGGACCUAGUCAAAGUGAUUCUGUUGAGACUGCCAUGACACUACCAAGUGAAUCCAGAGUCAAUGUACACGCUAUCGUAACAUUAAAAAUAUUAGACUAUAGUGAUAAACAAACAACUUUAAUUCCUGAUGAAGUAUUUGAUGCAGUAAAAAGCAACAUUAUCACUUCUGUUAACUUCAGUAAGAAUCAGCUAUGUGAAAUUCCUAAAAGGAUUGUGGAACUGAAGGAAAUGGUUUCUGAUGUCAAUCUCAGUUUUAAUAAGCUUUCCUUUAUAUCCUUGGAAUUAUGUACGCUUCAAAAAUUGACUUUUUUAGAUCUCAGGAACAAUUUUUUAAAUUCUUUGCCUGAAGAAAUGGAAUCGCUGAUAAGACUACAAACAAUUAAUCUUUCCUUUAACAGGUUCAGAAUACUACCUGAAGUUCUGUAUCACAUCCCCACACUUGAAACAAUUUUGAUUAGUAACAAUCAGGUUGGAUCUGUGGAUCCUCAGAAAAUGAAGGCAAUGGAAAAUCUGAUCACCCUGGACCUUCAAAAUAACGACCUCCUACAAAUUCCACCAGAGCUUGGUAAUUGUGUGAACUUAAGAACACUACUACUAGAUGGAAAUCCAUUCCGUGUUCCUCGAGCAGCCAUAUUAAUGAAAGGAACAGCUGCUAUUCUGGAAUAUUUGAGAGACCGGAUUCCUACUUAAAUUGGAGUUGUUUUAUAAUCUUGGUCAUGUUAAUUCUUAGACUUCUUACAUUGAUAACUAACGUUUUUCUAAGGUAUCGUUCAUUCGUAAUGGUGAUAACCACAUACAGUGUUUAUGCAUUUAUUUUGAAUGUUUUGCAUAAGAUUUAUUCUACUUUCAUUCCUUAUAAGAUAGUAAACAAUUUCUUCAGAAGUGAUUUUUUAUUUAAGUUAGUUUGAUAUUUUUAUAAUGAGAAAGCAUUUUUGUAGAAGUGGGAUUUUUCCCACCAUUUCUGUUCGUGUUACAUUUAAUGUGACCAGUUGAUUUGAAUAUGACCAUCUAAUUUCUACCUUUUUGUUAGAUAUAAAAUUGAAUUGAAUUUUAUUCAAAACUGUUCUUUGGCAUUUAAAAAAAUAAGGCUUUUCCUUACCCGUGAUAAGACUUUUGUGAUGUGGUUGGUCUUGGUAUAAGUUUUAAAUUAACAUUCACUGUCUCGCUUUUGUUUUAAUCCAGUUGAAAUGUUUCUUGUCUAGCCUUUUCCCUACAUUUUAUGAAACCAUUUUGUCAUAAUUUCUAAUGUAACAGGAAUAUUACACGAGAUGUAGUUAUUGGCAGAGAAAACAGUAAAAGCGUUGUUUAAGUUGCUCUCAGAAUUUUGAAUUUAAAACUUGACAAGUUUUUUUAAAAUGAUUUCUUACUAUUAAGUUUCCCUACAGUAACCUAGUACUUCUAGAUUUAAGAAAUUUGAAGGGAUUGGAUCUGCAUAUUUUUCCCUCAGAGUGUGUUUAAAAAUACCUUUUGUUCUUCUUUAAAAAAGUACUGAAGAGGGCGCCUGGGUGGCUCAGUUGGUUAAAAAAGUACUGAAGAGCUUAUUUUAAUUCUAUAGAUGUCAGCAACAGAAAAUAACUAAUAACAUAUACCACAUAGAAGUCUUCGAAAUUUCUUAAGUAAUUUAUUAAGCAGAUAUUUGUAUACAUUAUCUACUCUGUUGAUGUGUUCUAAUCCAACAGUUUUUUUUUUUAUUUUAUUUCCAGGGCCUUACUUUUCAAAUUUAUUUCUAAUCUUCAUAAGACUAAACUUGUAGUCAUGUGGAAAUUUUCUUAAAGGGAGUUUGUUACUGGUUAACUUGAUUUAGUAAAAAUAAAGUAGAAAUAUUUUUAUUUAUACCAAAAAUAUCAGAGGUAGGCUGAUCAGUCAUUAUAAAACUUACCAUGUGAUUCUAUUAAGUAGCCAAUCAACAGAAUGUAUAUUAACUUACAUAGAUAGGCAGGUAGGUAGCUAGCUAGCUUUUGGGUGAUUGAGGCAUGCUCAUAUUAUGAAAAAACUCAUUGCUAAUAAAGAUAAAUACUACUGUUCAUAAUAAAAGUUACAUUUUCAAAUAUUGAUUAUAAUAGUUGUUUUUGGCUUAAAAAAACAAGCCCUUUUCAUAUUACAACUCUGUGGCUAAGAAAUCUGCUUCGAUAUUAGACAAAAGACACUUUACAAUAAUGUGACAUUUUAUUAUUUAUACAAUAAAGAGACUUUUAUGUUAUUCAAAACACGUUUUUAAAUACUGAAAAAAUUGAGUACACCAAAGCCGAAAAAUGGCUCUGCUAUACACUGCACAGCAUUAUUGUAGUCCCUGUAUUUUGUAUCUGUACAGAAAGCAUCUUCAAAAUGCAUUCUAAUCACAUUGUACACCUUUACCAAUUAGUGUCAAUACAUAAACUGGAGAGUACAGCUUGCAUUUGCAAAUUAACUGACAAAGUAAUUAAUUUCACCGAUUGAGUAAAUUUAAAAUAUAGAUUCAUAGGACUCCUUUGCACAUAAAAUGAAGCAGCUUUCAAAGUCAUUAUGGUCUCAUACUGCAAAAAAACCAUUAAGUACAUUCACAAUCUAUGUUAAUAAAGUAGUAAAUAUGUCUUCAUUCAGUUUUUAUUUACAUCAAUAUGUAGUUCAACUAAAAAGUACUGUUUAAUUGUGAUACAUAUUUUUAGCACAUACAAAAAUGACAACUUUUUAUAUAUAAUUGAAGCUCAAAAUCACAAUUAUCUCAAAAUAUUAAUUACAAUACAGCCAUUUCAAUUAAACAUGUCAUGAUUUAAUUUUUUUAUAAAAUGGUAAAAUUUUUUACUAAAGUAAGCAAUUUAUUUUGAAUUGACUAGAGUUCACCCAUGUAGAAAACCUUAAAUGUUAAGAGGUGUUUCUUGCCCCCUCCCACCUGAAUUUGUAUACAGCCACCUAGGCUAGCAAAGAGACAGAAAAGGCCCCAAUUUAUAAAGAUUAAGCCUCUUUUGCUAUACUGCUGUGGCUUGUUGUUUCUUCCAUAAAAGCUUUACAAGGGGAGUGUCAAUAAACUAUGCAAUGAAAUGCAUGCAUUAAUAUACAAUAUGUCUUUGUAAAACGUUAGUGUUUACCAGUGCACAUUAAAAUGUUCACAAAGACUGCAAAAGAAGUCAUAAAGUAGCAUUUAUAAAGAUCUACCAGUUGCAAACUGAACUUGAAAACUACUUGAUAACAUGAUGAAAUUUUGAGAACAGAUCCAAUUCAAGUUCUUUCUCUGGCUAAAGGAGUUCUAGUUACUUGGCCUUAAGAUGUCACUGUUGUGCUGCAGAUAUGGUAGUGAAGUCAGAUGUUGAAAAAGGAGUCUAGAGACUGUCUUCAUCUUAUUAAAAUAGUGGCCCAGUGUUGCAUCACUGCAUAGGAAUCUUCCUUAAAGAAGAGUGAAAUAUUUCACGAACUGAAUUAUAUGAUCUCAAAGGAAAAAUGGAUAAUUUGUAUGUGUGCACAUGUGUUUAGCAUUUGAAAAAUAUUAAUAUAAAUAGGUGGAAUUAGAACUUCUUUACACAAUAAUAAAAAGAUUGUGUUGUGUCCCCACCCCCAAUAACUAAGAUCCAAAGUAGUCAGUUGUCAAGCACUUUAGGAAUGAAAGAAUAAUUUUCAUGGAUACUUAAAAUUCUAAAAACCUAGGAUCUAAUAUCCUUUUACUUAGAAUUCUUUACAGACCAAUUAAAAAUUUAUCACUGUCUAUUUAGAAUUGCUGCUGUUAAUAUUUCUUCUCUGAGUAGAAAGAGACCAUAGUUCAUAUUAUGGUUUACUUAUAUACAGCUGGGUCGGGGGGUGCCCUUGGGUGGUUAUAAAGUGGGAAAAAUGAAACUACAGCACUUAAAACCUUACUUUGCCAAGGUUAUUUGAGAUAGUCUUUGAAUUUUACAAACAAUUUAGUAGAUUCACCUCUGAUUUUUAACCAGGAAAAAUUUGCUCCUUUAUAUGGAGACAAUGCCAUUGUCCUUAAGCUUCCUUUAGUCCCUUUUAUACACUGAGUCCAAAAAGAAACUUGACUGGCUUUGAGACAAAAAUAUCCAGCUUAUCUGCCUAUCAAUUAUCUUUUUCUUCAUUCCAAACAGAAAACAGUAAGGCUUGCGUUUUCAAGGAGAAAAAUGCAGUUGAGGAUGUUAAAGGGAAAUACCUAAACAUCAGAAAGCAGUAUAAAACAUUUAUUGCAUUCCAUUGACACUGGGUGUCAUCAAAGCUAAAACCAAAUUUUCUAGAGUAAAACCUAACAUACAACAUUACUCACUGCCCUGAACAGCUGCCUUUUCCACAUUCAAGACCAGUAAGAGUCCUCUGAGUGGAAAGACUCUACAAGUAUUGAAUAUAAAAUUUAUUUUGGCAUUACAUUCUGAAAAUAAAUCACUAUUCUAACAAAUAUGGGAAUUGCUUCAUGUUCUAUCUGCCUGAGACUUGCAACUUGGUUUUCCUGUGGA